UCUCCAUAGUAGUUUCCUAGAAAUUUGUUCGUGAUGUAACAUGUAGACCUCUCCUUCUCUUGUCCCUAUCAACUACUCAGCUCGGGGAAAUAGUAGAAUUGACCAAUGACCCAGUUGAUGGGUGCCUCAUUUGUCCAGCCGGAGCAAACACGGUAACCAGCUAAAAGCUACCACAGUGUUAAAGCUACCACAGUGUACUGCUCGUCACUUUGUUCAUGAGCUGUUGACAAAUGAGGCAAACAAAACACUGCUCCAAGCUUCUCCAGUUCACAAUGGCCAAGCCAAACCACCUCCUUCUGGCGCUACUCCUCAUGCUCUUCUUCCUCACAACCAAUUCUGAUUCGGCACAACCCGACGACGCCGAGUUCCGAACUCUCUUGACCAUCAAGAGAGAUUGGGGCAACCCUGCUGCACUCAGUUCAUGGAACAACAACCGUAGCAACACCACCGCCUCUGCUUUCGCUCACUGCGAAUGGGCUGGGGUUACUUGCAACGGCAACGGCCAAGUGACCGCCCUCUCCCUCCAAAGUUUCAACCUAUCCAAUCCAAUCCCUGCCUCCAUUUGCAGCCUCAAGAACCUAACCUAUCUAGACCUAUCCUACAACAACCUCACCGGCCAUUUCCCGGCGGCGGCGCUCUAUAGAUGCUCAGCACUUCAGUUCCUCGACCUAUCGAACAAUUUCUUCUCCGGCGUCCUCCCGACCGAUAUCAGGAACCUGUCGCUGGGCAUGGAGCACCUCAACCUGUCAUGCAAUAGUUUCAGUGGCAGUGUGCCGUUGGCGAUUGCCGGGUUCCCCAAGCUCAAGUCGCUGGUUCUUGACACAAACAGCUUCAACGGCAGCUACCCGGGCUCGGCCAUCGGCAACCUCACCGAGCUCGAGGCGCUGACGCUAGCAGACAACCCAUUUUCACCGGGGCCUAUCCCUGAUGAAUUCAGCAAGCUGAAGAAUCUGAAGAUAUUGUGGCUGUCAGGGAUGAACCUGACUGGCGGCAUCCCCAACACACUCUCCUCGCUCACUGAGCUGACCACGUUGGCUCUGUACGAAAAUAGGCUCGGCGGCGAAAUUCCGGCGUGGGUUUGGAAGCUUCCAAAGCUAGAGCUCCUCUACCUUUACGCGAACAGCUUCACCGGUGGGAUUGGGCCUGAGGUCACCGCCUUCAGCUUGCAGCAGCUCGACCUGUCGGCGAACCAGCUCACCGGAGCAAUACCAGCGGCCAUCGGCAAGAUGAAGAACUUGACAUUGCUCUUCUUAUACUACAACAACCUCGCCGGGACGAUUCCGCCGAGCGUCGGGCUGCUCCCGAACCUCGUCGACAUCCGGCUAUUCAACAACAGGCUCUCCGGCCCCCUCCCGCCGGAGCUCGGGAAGCACUCGCCGCUCGGCAACCUGGAGGUGAGCAACAACUUCCUCACCGGCGAGGUCCCGGACACCCUCUGCUCGAACAAGAAGCUCUACGACAUCGUGUUGUUCAACAACAAUUUCUCCGGCGUGUUCCCGCCGUUCCUGGGGGCGUGCGACACGCUGGACAACAUCAUGCUGCAGAACAACCACUUCACCGGCGAGUUCCCGGACGAGGUAUGGUCGGCGUUCCCCAAGCUGACCACCGUUAAGAUUCAGAACAACAAUUUCACAGGUUUUCUACCUAGCACUCUGUCCUCCAAUAUCACACGGAUUGAGAUUGGGAACAACAGAUUCUCUGGCAGGAUACCAGAAUCAGCAACCGGCCUGCAAUCGUUCAGAGCAGAAAACAAUUGGUUCUCCCAUGUACCUGCGAACAUGACAAAGCUCGCCAACCUCACUGAUCUCAACCUUGCUGGGAACCAGAUUAGUGGAUCCAUACCAACGUCCAUCGGAGCCCUUGAGAAGCUCAAUUACCUCAAUCUCAGCAGCAACCAGAUAACAGGAGCGAUCCCGGCAGGGAUCGGGUUGCUCUCGGCGCUCCUCGUCCUCGAUCUCUCCAACAACCAGCUCACCGGUGGCAUCCCGGAGGACUUCAAAAAGAAUAACCAUUUCUCAUUCCUUAAUCUCUCGCCUAAUCAGCUCGCCGGAGAGGUACCAGCCUCGCUGCAGAUGCCGGCGUACUACGGCAGCUUCCUUGACAACCCUGGUUUGUGCGUCGAAUCAAACUCCGUCCUACCCCUGCAGACGUGCUCCGGAGGCGGAGGCCAUGAUUCUAGGAGAAAGAUCAUUCUCUCGGUUACAAUCUCAAGCUUUGCUCUCUUUGCCUUCGUCGCCGAUGGUGUUGGGUGCAUCUGGCGCAAGAAAGACCGGCAGGAUGUCACAUCGUGGAAGAUGACGCCAUUCAGAGCUAUGAAUUUUACCGAGCACAACAUACUCAGCAACAUUCAGGAGGAGAAUCUGAUCGGGAGAGGUGGGUCAGGGAAGGUUUACCGCAUCCAUCUGGGCAGCCAGAAAUCAGCAGCGGAAGGCGGCGGCGAGGCCGGCGGCGACUCAUCGACGGUGGCCGUGAAGAGGAUCGGGAACGCCGGGAAGGCGGACGCCAACCUCGACAAGGAGUUCGAGGCGGAGGUGGCGUCGCUGGGCGGCCUCCGCCACGGCAACAUUGUCGAUCUGCUGUGCUGCAUCUCCGGCGACGACACGAAGCUGCUCGUCUACGAGUACAUGGAGAACGGCAGCCUGGACCGGUGGCUCCACCGGCGCUGCAAGCGCGGGCCGCCGCUGGGCUGGCCGACCAGGCUGAGCAUCGCCGUCGACGUCGCCAGGGGCCACAGCUACAUGCACCACGGCUUCACGAGGCCGGUCAUCCACCGCGACAUCAAGUGCAGCAACAUCUUGCUCGACCACGGGUUCAGAGCCAAGAUUGCCGACUUCGGGCUCGCCCGGAUCCUCUCCAGGGCCGGCGAAUCCGAGCCGGCAUCGGGCAUCUGCGGGACAUUCGGGUACAUUGCUCCAGAGUACGUGAGCAGGGCCAAGGUGAGUGAGAAGGUGGACGUGUACAGCUUCGGCGUCGUGCUGCUGGAGCUCGCCACCGGGCGGGGGGCGCAGGACGGCGGCACGGAGUCCGGCAGCUGCCUGGCGAAGUGGGCGUCGAAGCGGUACGAGAGCGGCGAGCCGGGCGCGGGGGACCUGGUCGACGGUGAGAUCCAGGACCAGGGCUGCCUGGACGACAUGGUGGCGGUGUUGGAGCUCGGGGUGGCCUGCACCGGCGAGGACCCGUCGUCGAGGCCGCCGAUGAGCGAGGUCCUCCGCCGGCUCCUCCAGUGUAGCCGGAGCCAGCUGGCCGUUGACGUUGACGACGACGAUGACUGCUCUGCCAAAGACGUGGGCGGCGUUGAUUCUUUGAGAGAGUAUGGUAUGACGUGUGGCUAGGUACAGUAGCAGUCUUUGCCUCAAAAAGAAAAAGGUACAGUAGCAGUCAGUCAGUCAUCCUCUAUCAUUGCUUCGGCCGUGCGUGGACCGAAAUGAUAACAGCAAAUCUUGAAACA